UUUCCAUCUCUUGCAAGCAAUUGGCAUACCUUCGAAGGAAGUAUCCCAACCUCCCACACCCCCAAGAAGGUCAAACCCUUUUCUUGUCUGCACUUUGUGUUCUUCUUGUUUAAGGUAGAGGAAAAUGGACACCUUCUUGUUCACCUCGGAGUCCGUGAACGAGGGCCACCCAGACAAGCUCUGCGACCAGAUCUCCGACGCAGUGCUCGACGCCUGCCUCGAGCAGGACCCCGACAGCAAGGUCGCCUGCGAGACCUGCACCAAGACCAACAUGGUGAUGGUCUUCGGCGAGAUCACGACAAAGGCCAACAUCGACUACGAGAAGAUCGUCCGCGACACCUGCCGCAACAUCGGCUUCACCUCCGACGACGUGGGCCUCGACGCAGACAAGUGCAAGGUCCUCGUCAACAUCGAGCAGCAGUCCCCCGACAUCGCCCAGGGCGUCCACGGCCACCUCACCAAGCGCCCCGAGGACAUCGGUGCCGGCGACCAGGGCCACAUGUUCGGGUAUGCCACUGACGAGACCCCUGAGCUCAUGCCCCUCAGCCACGUCCUUGCCACCAAGUUGGGUGCCAAGCUCACCGAGGUGCGUAAAGACGGCACCUGCCCCUGGUUGAGGCCCGACGGCAAGACCCAGGUCACCGUCGAGUACUUCAACGAGGACGGUGCUAUGGUCCCCAUUAGGGUCCACACCGUCCUCAUCUCCACCCAGCACGACGAGACCGUGACCAACGACGAGAUCGCCAAGGAUUUGAAGGAGCACGUCAUCAAGCCUGUCAUCCCCGAGAAGUACCUCGACGAGAAGACAAUCUUCCACCUCAACCCAUCCGGCCGGUUCGUGAUCGGCGGGCCGCACGGCGACGCAGGGCUUACCGGGCGUAAGAUCAUCAUCGACACCUACGGUGGGUGGGGGGCCCACGGAGGUGGUGCGUUCUCCGGAAAGGACCCAACGAAGGUGGACCGAAGCGGGGCCUACAUUGUUAGGCAGGCGGCGAAGAGCAUUGUGGCGAACGGGCUCGCGAGGAGGUGCAUCGUGCAGGUGUCGUACGCCAUUGGUGUGCCGGAGCCUCUGUCGGUGUUUGUCGACUCUUACGGGACCGGGAAGAUUCCGGAUAAGGAGAUACUGAAGAUUGUGAAGGAGACGUUCGAUUUCAGGCCCGGGAUGAUGUCGAUCAACUUGGACUUGAAGAGGGGCAAUAACGGAAGGUUCUUGAAGACCGCCGCGUACGGUCACUUUGGAAGGGACGACCCCGAUUUCACGUGGGAGGUUGUGAAGCCGCUCAAAUGGGACAAGCCGCAAAACUAAAAUCCUCUUUUUUCCUUUUCCCAUAUAUAUAUAUGGUUGAAUAAUUUUACUGCUGCUGCUAUUGCUGCUUUUGGGUUUUUUUUUCCUUUUUUCUUUUUGGGUCUAGAACUUGUGUUUGUUUUCAUUUUCGUCUCUUAAUUCUUUUCUGGAUUUCGUUUUAUGUUUUUUCGUUGUCGGUCUGUGUCAUAGUUUGUCUUGGGCCUUCAUUAUUACAAUGGAGACUGAGUCAUUGUAUUGAUGAAAGAAUUUGGUUGCUGAUAUUAAUAUUAGUAUUUGAGUUCUUUAU